CGCUCGAAUACAUUGGAAGCAGAGAACCUCGAAAUCCCCACAUAAAUUCCCAUCAACUAACCUUUUUACCUCACGACAAGUCCCGAAAGCCACCUCCAUUGACACCAUAUCUGAAUUGUAUCCAUCAAACGCGUACCGCCACCUCCAUAUCCACUAUCUUCGAACCGAGGAACCACCCAAUACUCCGAACCUCCGUACACACUAACUGCAUCUUACGCGCAAACCGCUCCCCAUCAACAUCACCAUGUUCGCUGCACUUCCCCCCGUGCAGCAAUUCAGUCUCUCUCAGUGCGCAACCGCGCCCCUACGCUCGUCCCCACUAUCCCCUCGCAGUUCGACGCGCCCGAUGAACUCAUUCUCCUCCCCGGUACCCUUCUCCCCAGCAUCGGAGCACGAACCCAACACACCCGUCACCUCACGCACAGAGACUGGAAACAUCUUCUUCGGGUCUCCGGUCUCUCCUUCACCUUCACGGGGUGCGAGCGCGUCCUUCAGCUCCAAGACCUCGCCGACCUAUGCUCAACGCUACGCGAGCACUGUCUCUAAUCCGCUGAGCAACGCGUCCAGAUCGUACACCACUUCGUCUUCGCCCUCGGCGCGCGAAGCGAGACGCAAUGUCUUCCUAAAUCGGAUUAAACAAGGGCGUGACGAGGCGCGAUUUGCGAGCAGGGGCGAGCAGUUGGUGAUGAUGGAGCAUGUAGCCGAACAGAAGAAGUGGGGCGAGUCGAUGAGGAGGAGAACAGACGGGAUUUUGCAGGGAUAUAUGAGGGACUUGGAAGAAGGUACUGAUGAUAUGCUUGACGAGGCGGAUAUCCAGGCCCUGGAUGAGUAUCUCUCGCAGGAACAGGCAAUGGAGACCGAAUUGCUUGAGAAUAUGGAUGUAGAGAUGCCGUCGCAGCAACAAAGUGAGACCAUGUCACAGGAACCAGGUUCAUCGUUCAGUGAUGAUGAGUACGAGGGUCUAUUCAUGAAUUUGGCGGAUCAGAGAGCUCUAAGUCAGGAUAUGGAUAUGUCGAGUUGAACAUUGCACCAGAUUGUGACAACUCGACACAACCUGGGAGGAUCCAUAGGGUACAGGGUAAUACAUAUGGGGGUAGGCUACUUUUACGGCGUUCGGGCUGGUCGCUGGCGGCUCAGAUUUGACUAAUUUUCGGGGCAACGGCUUUUGUAUUUGUCAAUGGUAU